CCGGGUCAAUGCAGGACACUGGGUUCCUGCGGGCCGAGUGGGGUACGAGGUGAAGCGGAGCGGGUCCGGGGCCGACCGGGACCCCGCCGGAGGCUGAGCGGCGACCACGGCGGUGGCCGGGAGGGAGGGGAAGAGAGGCGCAGCCCGCGGAGCCGCCGCAGCAGCUCCCCGCCUCCCGGGCUGAGAGGAACUUUAGGAAAGGAAGAUGGAUCAACCUAGUGGAAGGAGUUUUAUGCAAGUAUUAUGUGAGAAAUAUAGUCCUGAAAACUUUCCUUACCGCCGUGGUCCUGGGAUGGGCGUCCAUGUCCCAGCCACACCUCAGGGCUCUCCUAUGAAAGAUCGCCUCAACCUCCCAAGCGUACUGGUGUUGAACAGCUGUGGAAUAACCUGUGCUGGAGACGAAAAAGAAAUUGCUGCUUUCUGUGCUCAUGUGUCGGAACUAGAUCUUUCUGACAACAAACUCGAAGACUGGCAUGAGGUCAGUAAAAUUGUGUCAAAUGUUCCCCAGUUGGAGUUUCUAAACCUGAGUUCCAACCCUCUGAAUUUGUCGGUUUUAGAAAGAACAUAUGCUGGGUCCUUCUCUGGGGUUCGCAAACUUGUCCUCAACAACAGCAAAGCUUCUUGGGAGACAGUCCACAUGAUACUGCAGGAGUUACCAGAUUUGGAGGAGCUCUUCCUGUGCCUUAAUGACUAUGAAACAGUGUCUUGUCCUUCUAUUUGCUGUCAUUCUCUUAAGCUACUACAUAUAACAGACAAUAACCUCCAAGACUGGACUGAAAUACGAAAGUUAGGAGUUAUGUUUCCUUCACUGGAUACACUCGUCCUGGCCAACAAUCAUUUGAAUGCUAUUGAGGAGCCUGAUGAUUCAUUGGCCAGGUUGUUUCCUAAUCUGCGAUCCAUCAGCCUCCACAAGUCAGGUUUGCAAUCCUGGGAAGACAUUGACAAACUAAAUUCAUUUCCCAAACUUGAAGAAGUGAGAUUAUUAGGAAUUCCUCUUCUGCAGCCAUAUACCACCGAGGAGCGAAGGAAAUUGGUAAUAGCCAGAUUGCCAUCAGUUUCCAAACUGAAUGGCAGUGUUGUUACUGACGGUGAGCGAGAAGAUUCUGAGAGAUUUUUUAUCCGUUACUAUGUGGACGUUCCGCAGGAAGAAGUGCCAUUCAGGUAUCAUGAAUUGAUCACAAAAUAUGGAAAGUUGGAGCCUUUGGCAGAAGUGGAUCUAAGACCCCAGAGCAGUGCCAAAGUAGAAGUCCACUUUAACGAUCAGGUGGAAGAAAUGAGCAUUCGUCUGGACCAAACCGUUGCAGAACUAAAGAAACAAUUAAAAACUCUAGUGCAGUUACCCACAAGCAACAUGCUUCUCUACUAUUUUGACCACGAGGCACCCUUUGGCCCAGAGGAAAUGAAAUAUAGCUCUCGGGCAUUGCAUUCCUUUGGCAUUAGGGAUGGAGAUAAAAUUUAUGUGGAAUCCAAAACAAAAUAACCUCUACCAGACUUGUAAAAAAUACACACAUAAGGACUUCUUGCAGGGCAUUUGUUUCCAUAUGGUUUUCUUUAGGAGGGAGAAGAUUAUUUUUAUUUUGUUUUAUUUUAUUUAGGUUUGGGGGAGGUUGUAUAUUUUUCCCCUAGAAUGGGUAGGGGGCUGUUUUUGGUAUUUUUUUUUUUUUACCAAGACUUCUUCAACUCAGUCAGCAGAAUUGGCUACAUCUCUAGUUCGUGUCUCCUCCCUCAUGAAAAAUGACUAAGAAAUCACCGUCUUCUUACUGUGCUCACUGGGAUUUGCGUCCUGCUUAGUUAUCAUUA